CCGAUUUUUCUCUCUUCCUUGCUUUCCUUCCUUCCACCGGAAUGAAUCAGAAAACAUGGCCGCCGACCAAGUCCAAUUCCGACGGCCUUCGUCGUUUCACCGCUUUCCCUUUCAUCAGAAAACAGACCCAUCUUCAAAAUCGUCCAUCGGAAAACCCCUUUUUCAAUCACUCCAAAAAGAUCACUCCAACAACUCCUUCAUCAUCAUCCAAUUCUAGUUGUAGUAGUAGUAGUAAUCAGUACUGCUACAAUCAGGACUUUUCUCAGCUUCCCUACGAUAUUAUCUUGAAAAUUGCUGCUACUUUUUCGCUGUCGAAUGUACGGGCAUCUUCUCUAGUAUGCAAGUCUUGGUGCGAUGCACUUCGACCGUUGAGAGAAUCUAUGGUUUUUCUCAGAUGGGGUAAGAGAUUUAAGCAUGGACGAGGUGGGGUUAAGCGUAAUUUGAGUAAAGCCCUUGAUUCUUUCCUUAAAGGAGCUGCUCGUGGGUCUACACUAGCUAUGGUGGAUGCUGGGUUACUUUAUUGGGAGAUGGGGAAAAGAGAAGAAGGGAUUGGUUUGUAUAGAAAAGCUGCUGAACUUGGUGACCCUGCUGGUCAGUGCAAUUUGGGGAUUUCUCUCUUGCAAGUGAAUCCUCUGGACCCCGAGGAAGCUGUUAAAUGGCUUUAUAAAGCUUCCGUUGCUGGUCAUGUUCGUGCUCAGUACCAGCUUGCACUUACUUUACAUAAAAGUCAUGGUCCGAAGAGAAAUCUCCAGGAAACGGCAAAGUGGUACUUGAGGGCAGCAGAAGGUGGAUAUGUCCGUGCUAUGUAUAACACAGCAUUAUGCUACUCGGUGGGAGAAGGUUUAAUGCAGUCUCAUGAGUUAGCAAAAAAAUGGAUGAAGAGAGCAGCUGAUCGAGGUCAUAGCAAAGCCCAGCUUGAGCAUGGGUUGAGUCUGUCUUCAGAUGGGGAGAGGAUGCAAGCUGUGGUAUAUCUGGAACUUGCUGCUCGCGCUGGUGAAGCUACAGCUCAUCCCGUGAAAAAUGUUAUACUUCAACAGAUGUCCACUUUUUCUCGAGAUCACGCUAUGCUUCUUGUCAAUAGCUGGCGCACUUUACCUUCAUCGCAUUGAUACCUUAUUAUCGUCAACUUCAUACAGCUUAAUGUAUGUAUCACUUAACUUCUUGAAGUAAUAAAAGUGUAAUAUAAGAAUUCAUUUUCCCCUGCAGUUACAUGUUUCCAA